AACCCAUCACAGAACACAGCACCCGACACAUCUAGCUCUCGCCGCCAGGCCGGCCUCCGCAGCAGCAUCUGCAUCCUCUCGCCGUCGCCGGAGAAGGGGCAGAGCCGGAGCCAUGGCGCCGGAGCCCGAAGACGACAUCAUGAACGAGAAGAACCCCCGGCCCCUCGACGAGGACGACAUCGCCCUCCUCAAGACCUAUGGGCUCGGACCUUACUCGAACAGCAUCAAGAUGGUUGAGAAGGAGAUCAAGGAGAAGGCAAAGAUGAUAAAUGACCUUUGUGGGAUAAAGGAGUCUGAUACUGGCUUGGCUCCACCAAGCCAGUGGGAUCUUGUAUCAGAUAAACAGAUGAUGCAGGAGGAGCAACCAUUGCAGGUCGCUAGAUGCACAAAGAUCAUAAGUCCCAAUACUGACGAUGCCAAAUAUGUCAUCAACGUUAAACAAAUUGCAAAGUUUGUGGUUGGUUUGGGCGAUAAAGUUUCCCCCACUGAUAUUGAGGAAGGAAUGCGAGUUGGAGUUGAUCGAAACAAGUAUCAGAUUCAAAUUCCUUUGCCACCCAAGAUUGAUCCAAGUGUUACCAUGAUGACUGUUGAAGAGAAGCCUGACGUGACAUACAAUGAUGUUGGUGGAUGCAAGGAGCAGAUUGAGAAGAUGCGUGAGGUUGUUGAGCUUCCUAUGCUUCAUCCUGAGAAGUUCGUCAAGCUUGGUAUUGAUCCUCCUAAGGGAGUUCUUUGCUAUGGACCACCUGGAACUGGGAAGACACUUCUUGCUAGGGCAGUAGCCAAUCGCACAGAUGCUUGUUUUAUCCGUGUGAUAGGAAGUGAGUUGGUUCAGAAGUACGUUGGUGAAGGGGCACGGAUGGUUCGUGAACUCUUCCAGAUGGCCCGGUCAAAGAAGGCAUGCAUUGUCUUCUUUGAUGAAGUUGAUGCCAUUGGUGGUGCUCGCUUUGAUGAUGGUGUUGGAGGUGACAAUGAGGUCCAGCGCACUAUGCUCGAGAUUGUCAAUCAGCUUGAUGGCUUUGACGCUAGAGGAAACAUCAAAGUCCUCAUGGCAACAAAUAGGCCUGAUACCUUGGACCCUGCACUGCUGCGUCCAGGGCGGCUCGAUAGGAAGGUUGAGUUCGGUUUGCCAGAUCUGGAGGGGCGUACCCAGAUCUUCAAGAUCCACACUCGCACCAUGAAUUGCGAGCGUGACAUCCGAUUUGAGCUGCUGGCUCGCCUCUGCCCCAACUCCACUGGUGCUGAUAUUCGGAGCGUGUGCACAGAGGCGGGCAUGUAUGCCAUCCGGGCACGCAGGAAGACUGUCACAGAGAAGGAUUUCCUGGACGCUGUGAACAAGGUUAUCAAGGGUUACCAGAAGUUCAGCGCCACGCCGAAGUACAUGGUCUACAACUAGGUGGUGCCUGGCCUCCUGGAUCUUUGCCUCUCAUGGUCUACAACAAGGUGGUGCCUAGCGUCCUGGAUCUUUGCCUCUCGGGCUUUCUAUGAUGUGUUUGUUUGUUACUGCCUUUUUCUUCUCCCACAGAAACUCUUGAGGUGUUUUCUGCAUCAUAUUGUAACUGGAUUGUAUCUUCAGAAUAUUGAAAUACCAAGCUAGACAGAUGAUGACGAUGACGUUGCUCAGAAUCUUUUGA